UGUGCAGGGUAUUUCCCAGUGCAGAGAAUUUUAAUUUGCUAACAACGUCGCGUAGUGCGUGGCUGUGUGUGUAUACUUUAUUUAACGUUUGAUUUAAUAGUUCGUAAUAUGGAAGGGGUAAAAUCAAAUUCAAUACAGGUUCAAGGAACCAAUGACAGCAGUAUUGUGAGUAAGCUGUCAAUGGCAACAUGCAACUACAUAGAUGAUCAGUAUUUAAAAUAUUUUGUGAAGAAGCCACAAAGAAGGUCUGCACUCAUAAACCGUGGUUACUACUUGAGAUGCAAAGCAAUUGAACAUGUGCUUGAACUUUUUUUGUCAAGUAACCUUGAAUGUAAUGUGAAGCAAGUUGUUUCCCUUGGUGCUGGGUUUGAUACCAGGUAUUUCUGGGCAAGAAAAUAUGCACAAAAGCUAAAAAAAGAGCUGGUCUAUGUAGAAAUUGACUUUCCUGAAGUAAUGAAGAGAAAAAUAAGCUUGGGAACUGAAUUUGGGCUAUACCAGAGCGACUUCUCAAAUGAACAAAGUCAAAACAUUAUUUUGAGGACAGAAAACUAUGCUGCUAUUGGUCAUGAUCUGCGAAACAUGGGACCACAGCUCCAUUCUGCUUUAUCAGAAGUUGGCGUCAAUUUUUCCCAACCAACGCUGUUCAUUUCUGAAGUUGUUCUUGCUUACCUGACUGGAAGUCAAUCAUCAAAAGUAAUAAGUUGGAUAAAUCACAACUUCAGCAAUGCAUUUCUCUGCAUUUUCGAGCAAAUUCUCCCCCAAGAUGGCUUUGGUCUAGUUAUGCGGAGACAUUUUGAGAAACUUGGUAGUCCUCUGCUUUCAAUAUGUGCCUUCCCCACCAAAGAAUCCCAUACAUUGCGACAUAAAACUGCCGGCUUUAAAGUUUUGUCUUCAGUUAAUUUGCACACUUUCUACACCAACUGCAUAUCGCAAACUGAGCGUACAAGAAUCGAAAAUCUUGAGAUGUUUGAUGAAUUUGAAGGCUGGCAUCAGAUGUGCUUGCACUACAUUAUUCUAUUUAGCACCAAUUCCAAGUCAAGUGAAGUGGCAGAAGUCUGUCAAAAUGCUUUUGGUGUGACUGACUAUAAUUGUAUGUUCCCAAAAAUGACAAGAAUCGAUCCGGAUCUAGCACAGAUAAUUGAGUCCGGCAAAUCACUGGAACCACUGCAACUUCAUGGACAUUGCAUGGCCUCGUGUACAAUUGCCCAACAAAGCUAUGAAAUAAUUGCAGGAGGAUAUGGUAUUCCAAUUAAACAAACAACUAAGAGAUCUGCACCUCAUUCCCGCUUACCACACUUGAUUGUCAUAGAUCCAUUAAACCCAGUGCCUCAUACUUGUAAACCCACAACUGAUAAGCUCUCAUUUCCACUUCAUGCCAGUUUGGUAUUUUACCAAACCACAACCAACGAACAAGCACUUUUAAUGUUUGGUGGCAGAACCUCUCCUGUUUCAUGCACCAAUUCUAUUAGGUCUAUCAGUAUUGGAAAACAGAAUGGACAGUUCAUUUUUAGUCAAUACAAUAUUGAACCAAAAUCCAGCUCUUUACCUGAAUCUCGCUGGCGACAUUCUAGUUGCAUAUUACAAAACAAGAUGGUUGUUAUUGGUGGAAGAAAUGGCUCAAAGGUGUUUGGGGAUAUCUGGUGCUUUGACCUGCUUUCUUUUACUUGGGAGCUUUUUAACAUGGAUCCAGGAAGUUUUGAGCCCAGGCAUUCUCACUCUAUAGUUCCAUGGUUGUCUGGUUCAUCUGAAAAGGUCAUUAUUUCUGGAGGAUUGGGAGAAAACAUGAAACCCUUAAAUGAUGUGAUGGUUUUGGAAAUUUCUGAUGGUGCUUCCCAUUCAAUUUCAAGCUUAGAUAUCCAGCCUGCACUUGUAGCCCGUUAUUCCCACACUUCACAUAUUGUGGGUGGCAACACAUUGCUGCUUGUUGGUGGGGUGGAAUUGGCAGGUGAUGGAACUUGCAACACCAUAUGUGUCAUUCAUUUGCCAACACAGACUUGGACUCGAACAAUUUCACUUGCAAGCAUGUACAACAAUUGUCCUCUACGAGUGCUUGAUCACACAAGUGCGUUGUUAUUGAAAGAGAAAGAAUGUCGUCUGGUUGUUUUUGGUGGUGGCUCGAAUUGUUUUUCUUUUGGAACUUCUUUUAACUUUGCACCAUUAACAGUGCAAUUUGCUUUGUAAUGAAUUAGGUUCAAUCAUUGUGCAUGUAUUUAUGGAAGGUAUUUUAUAAUUCGAGUACAUACAAUGUGGGAUUUUGCUGGUAUAAAUUGAAUAGAAUAAUAA